AUGCUUCUGCUGUCCACUUCAGAUCCACCGGCCGCGUCUCAAUCCGCACACUUUUCACAGCAGCUGAAAGUCGGAGAGAAACGUCUGUGUGCGGAUGACGUGGAGAUGGACUCGGAACGUUCAGACCUGCUGGCUGCGUUCACACGUUUACACUCCGGACUCGUUCCUGCGAUGAGCGCCGAGGAACUCGCCCGUCGUAUCUCAUCGCUCAUGCACGCGUCCUCUCAGACUUCAGUACAGGCUCGGGGUGCGAGCAGUGACGACCUCGAGGUGACGGGUUUGUGCCUCACGCUGCUGUUUAAAAUCGUCUCUAAAUGUUCCUCCAGAGAUCUUCCGCCUGAUGCGUCCAUGUUUUAUCACCAGACCUUAAUGAGACUCCUGGAAGCUGCUGACUUUGCUGAAUGUCUGGUGGAUUUGCUGAGCUGUGGGGACAGAUUAUUAUCUCAUCUUGCUGCCAAGUGUGUGUCGUCUUCUAUCAUCUACAGCGUCUGUAAGCAGGGGGACAGUGGGGGGGUCUGGAGCUCCUUCACCAAACGUUUUCAGAACUGGGCUCGGCUCGGCGCCCCUGACACGCCCCUCUGGGUUCUGACCCAGGUGAUUAAAUGGAUCCUGCGGGGCGACGCCGGAAAUAAAGCGGAGAUCCUGAGGAACGUUCUCGCUCCGUUCGAGGCGACCAUCAGUUCCAUGUUCUCAGAGCUUCUCGUCCAGGAUGAACAUCUGAGCGCUGGAGGCUCCACCGCCGACCUCCAGACGCUCCUGUGUGCUCUGUUGGACCUGAUGGAGGUUCUCACGGCCGCCAGGACGAGACACGGACUCUGCUCGUCCAUCCAGAGCCUGACGUUCCUCCGGACCUCGGCGCUCCUCCGCCUGAGCCGCUGCCACACCGCGGCGUUCGUGAGGAGGCGAGCGCUGCUCCUGAUCAAACGGACUCUUCUCCAGAAAGCCGGAGACGACCUGGGUCUGGACGGAGCUCCGCCCGCUCCGUGUGACCGUCGGUACGCGGCGGAUCUGCUGGAGAUGGUCCACGCCGUGCUGCGGGAGGUGGGUGCCGGGUGGCUCCAGGAGCUUCACGUGGAACCCAGAGCCGGAUGUUUCGGCGGGAACAGAGACACGCCCGCGGGCGGAGCAGAGACGGAUCUGGUGACGCUCCGGGCCGUGAGUCUGAUCAUCAUCAAGAGUCUGGAGAUCCAAACACAGCACAGAGGAUCUGAAGGUUCUCAUGAGCUCCUGGAUGUUCAGCAGCAUCUCCUCAAGCUCCUGGAGUUCCUCCAGCAGAAGGGACUUCAGGUGGAAUCAGGUCCACAGCGCUGCUCCUGGAUCUUGGCGGUGUUUGCAGAGCAGGACGACGACCUGAUGGAGUCGCUGAAAGCUCUGAGCGCUCUGUACUCACAUCGGAGACGUUGGAGCUGCUCUGAUGUGGAGGUGUGUAACUGGGGCUGUAACCCUCACUGCCACUUCAUCCUCCUGCUCCAGAGUCUCUCCUUCGACCACACCGUCCUGCUGGACUUCCUCAUCUCUGCUGAGACCUGCUUCCUGGAGUACCUCGUCCUCUACCUCAAACAACUCCGGGACCGCUGGCAGGACUUCUGCAGCGCCUGCGCUCGCAUCCAGGGUUCAGAACGGACGUCCAGGAGCUCUGAGACCGGGACCUCGGGAGGAUCUCGGGGAGCGUCGGUUCCUCCUCGAGCUCAGGCUGCUCCUCUGGUGGAUUAUGAGAGCUCAGAGGAGGAGGAGGAUCAGGAAGAGGAGGAGGACAGGAACCAGACAGAACUUCAGACCAGGAGCAGAGCUGAGGAACCUGUACCUGAGAGGAGCGUGGAGGAGAUCAGCUCUGAUUCCUCUGGUUCUCUGAUGAUGAGGAUCAUGUGGAGUCUGGCUGAACUACAGACUGUAAUUAUCAGACUGGACAGCAGGGGGCUCUUCCCCUACACGCCCACCUCACUGCUGAAACUACUAGCAGCCGUACAGGAGAAGGGUUCCGGUUCUGCUGCCCAGUCUAGAACUAGUGCUGGUGUCCAGUCUAAAACCAGUACCAGUCUCUAAUGUAAAACCAGUAAGAGGAGGAACAGUAAUGAGAGAUGGUUUGUGCAGCUGUAUGUAAACUUUUGACCUCCUGCUGCUGUUUGUGAUGACGAAAUAAAUUUAUUGCUUCAUUUUUUUUACUUUUAGUUGCUGUAAAUAAAUGAGAUGAAUCAGAA